CUAAGUUCACGUUCAAUGCAAAACACGUGGGUGUCGCUAUCAGUGUGCUGGGAAUAACAGGCAGCUGUCCUGCUCCAGGUAUUCUAACAAGGGCAACCUCCUUCAUCUAAGCAAUGGGUGAGAACAUCCUGGUAAUUGGCAGCGGUGCCCGGGAGCAUGCUCUAGCAUGGAAGUUGGCACAGUCCACUCGCGUGAAACAAGUGCUUGUUGCUCCAGGAAACGCAGGCACAGCUAACAGUGGAAAGAUCUCAAAUACAGCGGCUCCCACCGGCGAUCACGCACAGCUCACUGAAUUCUGCAAGACCAAUAGCAUUAACCUUGUUGUGGUUGGUCCUGAGGCUCCCCUUGCUGCAGGUAUUGUUGAUGAUCUGACGGCGGCUGGGGUGAGAUGCUUUGGACCCACUGCCAAGGCAGCCCAACUUGAAUCCAGUAAGAGUUUUUCCAAAGACUUUAUGGACCGACAUGGUAUCCCUACAGCUCGGUGGAAAUCCUUCACUAGUGCGCCAGAGGCCUGCAGCUUUAUCACAAAUGCGGAUUUUCCAGCGUUGGUUGUAAAGGCGAGUGGCCUGGCGGCUGGUAAAGGAGUGAUUGUAGCCUCUACGAAGGAGGAAGCUUGCAAAGCUGUUAAUGAAAUCUUGACGGAUAAAGUGUUUGGAGAAGCUGGCGAAACAGUUGUGGUGGAAGAGCUGCUGGAGGGGGAGGAAGUUUCUUGUUUGUGUUUUACUGAUGGGAUCCAUGUUGCCCCGAUGCCACCAGCACAAGACCAUAAAAGGCUAAUGGAUGGUGACAAAGGACCCAAUACAGGAGGGAUGGGAGCGUACUGUCCGGCGCCCCAGGUUUCUAAAGAUUUAUUGGCGAAUAUCCUGGAGAAUGUUUUGUAUAAAACGGUUAAUGGAGUAAGAGCAGACGGUUUCAAAUACACUGGUGUGCUGUACGCAGGGCUUAUGCUCACAAAGGAUGGACCAAAAGUGCUCGAAUUCAACUGUAGAUUCGGGGACCCAGAGUGUCAGGUAAUUCUUCCCCUACUUAAGAGUGAUCUAUAUGACCUGAUCCAGGCAAUCCUUGACGGUGAACUGGUUAACGCCAUGCCGGUUUGGCUAGAAGACCAUGCUGCUGUUACUGUAGUUAUGGCCAGUGGUGGCUACCCUGGCAACUAUGCCAAAGGCUUGGAGAUCACUGGAUUUGAGAAGACAAAACUCCUUGGUUUGGAAGUGUUUCAUGCAGGCACUGCCUUGAAGGAUGGGAAGGUGGUGACCAAUGGAGGCAGAGUUCUUACUGUAACUUCUAUAAAGAGAGGUCUUCUCGCUGCACUAUUGGAGGCCAACCAAGGUGUAUCUGCCUUGCAUUUCGAAGGCGCUGUGUACCGUAAAGACAUUGGUUUCCGUGCAAUUUCCUAUCUCCAGAAAACCAGGUCUCUAACAUACAAAGACAGCGGCGUUGACAUUGCGGCUGGGAACACCCUUGUGCAGAGAAUUAAACCACUUGCUACAGCUACAGCCAGAACUGGCUGUAAUCCGGAGCUUGGCGGUUUCGCUGGCCUUUUUGACCUGAAAGCUGCUGGAUUUAUAGAUCCCCUCCUUGUAUCUGGGACAGACGGUGUUGGAACCAAACUGAAGGUUGCCCAAGCAUGUAAUAAACAUGAUACCAUCGGCCAGGACUUGGUAGCAAUGUGCGUCAAUGACAUCUUGGCACAGGGCGCAGAGCCACUGUUUUUCCUGGAUUAUUUUGCGUGUGGGAAACUUGACGUGGGAGUGGCGGAAUCUGUGGUGUCUGGAAUUGCCAAUGCCUGUAAAAUGGCUGGCUGUGCUCUUCUGGGAGGUGAGACUGCUGAGAUGCCUGGCAUGUAUGCCAAAGACGAGUAUGAUCUAGCAGGCUUUGCUGUGGGUGCCGUGGAGAGGGUGUUUGUGCUGCCACGGAUGGAAAGGAUACGAGAGAGAGACGUGGUUAUUGGAAUCGCUUCUUCAGGACUUCACAGUAAUGGUUUCAGUCUUGUGAGGAAGAUUCUCGACAAGUUAUCCCUAAAUUUCUCUUCUCCAGCUCCUCCAUGCUGUGGAAAGCAGACCUUUGGAGAGCUUUUGUUGACACCGACCAAAAUCUAUGCCCAGAGCCUGCUUCCUAUCCUCAGAUCGGGGGAAAUUAAGGCCUACGCUCACAUCACCGGAGGUGGACUGGUGGAGAACAUCCCAAGGGUUCUACCUCCAUCCUUGGGAGUCAUUUUGAAUGCUCUGUGCUGGAAAAUACCUCCCAUAUUCUCCUGGCUUCAGAAACAUGGAAAUCUUACAAUGGAGGAGAUGGUCCGUACUUUUAACUGUGGGAUUGGCGCCAUAUUGAUCUUGGAAAACGACAUCUGUGACAUGGUACUUGACGAGGUGUAUAAAAGCGAGGAAGCCUGGCUUAUUGGAACAGUGACCACGCGUGACAAAGUCUCUAGCCCUGUUGAAGUAAGGAAUUUUAUGGAAGCUCUACACAGGACAGAUCCUGAGCCACAGCCCCUCCUCAUGGAGUUGAAAUACAUCAUUGAGGACACCCUGACGCGUGGAAGAGUACCCGUGGCUGUACUAAUCUCCGGCUCAGGAACAAAUCUCGAGGCUUUAAUAAGGACAUCAGUGGGCCCCAGUAGUUCUGCAUUCAUUGCUUUAGUGAUCUCUAACAAAGCUGGUGUGGAGGGACUGAACAGGGCACAAAAUGCAAGAAUUCCUACAUUGGUUAUUGAUCACAAGCAGUACAGCAGCCGUGAGGACUUUGACUCUGCCAUUGAUAAAGCCCUCUGUGACAACCGAAUUGAGCUUAUCUGCCUUGCUGGGUUCAUGAGGAUUUUAUCUGGAAUGUUUGUCAACAAGUGGCGUGGGAAAAUCCUGAAUGUCCAUCCGUCCUUGUUACCAUCUUUUAGGGGGGCGAAUGCACACAAGGAGGUGCUGGCAGCCGGUGUGAGAGUUACUGGUUGUACUGUGCACUUUGUAGUGGAAGAGGUAGAUGCUGGAGCGAUUAUAUGCCAGGAAGCUGUUCCUGUGGAGUUGGAUGAUUCUGUGGAGACACUGUCUGAAAGGGUUAAAAAGGCAGAACACAGAGCGUACCCCCGGGCUCUGCAGAUGGUGACCAGUGGGGAGGCAUCACUCGGAGAAGAUGGAAAAAUAAAGUGGAAUAUAAAAAAGAACAAAUGCUGAUUUGCUGUUCCAACCGGUUGCUUUGACCUUCUUUGACUGACUUGAAGAUUAUGGCACUUUCAAUGGCAUCACCUCAAAGACUACUUCAUGAUUGAGAGAGAAAUCAAGAUUGCUUUUUAUAAAUUGACAUCUGUUUAUUACAGUACAAAACAAGAUAUUCACAACUUGCUCAGUGCCUUCUUAGUUCCAACACUGACUUAAGACUUCCUAUUCUCAUUCUGUUGUAUUUUAUUACAUUCCUGAUAAAGGGUCUAAUUUGAAAUAAUUCCAUAUUGCCCCUCACUAGGUUACCAUUGUUUAGUUAAUAUCCAGAGGAACAAACCGAUCUGAAGAUCGCAUGAAACUGAUAUCACACAUCCAGUCUAACAGAGAAAUGGUUACUGUGGGUUAACUUUUAGCCCCCUUUAGUAUCUAAAGUGAUGUUGGCUUUCAUAAAGCUUAGUUUGUUUCCCUGUUCAAUCGUUCCAGAUGCCUUUGACCUGAUGUCUUGUUCCAUCUAAGUAUGCGGUGACCAUGGCUUGUGUCGAGUAAUAAACUUAUCUCUGCCUCUGUUA